AUGGCCAGCCUUAUAGCGACUCUCCUGACGAUGACCGACUUUUCACAGCCAAGCUCAGGUCUACUUUCUGAGUGGGACUCCGGUCAACAUUACAUAGACGACCUCGAAAGCCAAGAUGAGGGUUCUGUCGUUAGAAAUGUCAAUGUCGGAAACACCUUUGCCCUUAUGAGAGCAGUCGUCGAGCUUCGGGUUCUGCAAACAACGACGGCCAUCCUUCGUUUCACCAGAACGAACCCAGUGUCAAUCUCCGACCCAGACUCAUCCAUUCGCCGCGCCAUAGAUCGCAGGGAACAGCGCAUUUCCCGCCUGAUCGAUGCGAUGACUAAAGAUGACUUCGAGAAGAGUGUUGGCGAAAUCGCGUCGCGGAUGGAAAUUCCAGCCCCGCCCGUGCCUCAGCGAAUUCUUUCCCCGUCUGAGAUGUUAGAGGAACUUACAAUCGAGGAGCAGGUCUCGCAUGAAGAGGACCAAAUGUUUCUGUGCGCCCCCGUGUCUGCUGAUUCGAUCCGUUCGACUGUUUCUACUGCUUCGGAUGCGAGCACGCCAAAGCUUAACACUUUGAUUAGUGAUGAUCCAAUUCCAAUAGUGGAUGAGAAUAUCCGGGGCCGAACAGAGGGCACGCUGAGCGAGGACGAUAGGAGAGCGUCUGGUUCUAUGGCCUCGUCAGGUCCAACACCUGGCACCGAGUCGAGCUACUCAUCGCUUGGGAGAAGCUUGUCUGUAAGCAAUAUGAACUCAGUUACGUCGAUCCCGCGACAGUACAAGAUUGUCUCGGCAGCUCAAUAUACCAAGAUCAUCGCAGAGAGACAACCGCAGUUCAGCUUUCUCAACUACCCCUACUCCAUCGAUUCUCUGGUGGCAGAGGGCCCUCGGCUUGAUCGGUCCGCACUCGAGCUUGACGAGCAUGCUAACGAGUAUAAAAGAAUGUCUGCCGACAGCUUCCCAGGAGAGUUUCCGGUUAGCGAAGGGUUGGAGUAUAGUUCGCUGGCGACGGCAAAACACCAUACUCGCAUUCCUUCAAUAAGGACCUCCGUCCGCCCAUUUUCUGACUUGUGA